AUGCCGCUCAAGAUAUUCCAUUCUGGACGUCAGUCCCGGUUGGAGAGAUCGAAGGUCGAAAAAGCCAUCGAAGAAUUGUAUGAGGCGGUUGACAGCAUGGAUGUUACAGUCCUGGAUGGCCAGCAGAUCGCGAAACUUGCAGUGCGAGUCUACGACUUGGAAAUAGAUGAUCAGGACGCUGGAAGCUCCAACUCGAAACAGCUGUCAUUUUUUGCGCCUUUGAGUCAAGAACUCUACAAGCGUUACCCCCUCGGUGAGAAAGAAGAAAGGACUUUUCACAACAGCCUUCACAAUUUUUUCAAGAUACCGCCUGGCAAAUCCUCCGCCAUUAAUCUUGCCGAUGACCUGACGACCCAAUUCGCUUGGUUCGUGGACGGUCAUGACAGGCCUGACAUCCCUAUAAACGGAAGUUGCUUCAAGCCGACCCUUGGUGGUCUCUCAGGAUGGGGGUUUCAAGAAGGUCCCUUCGACUUUGAAACUGACAAAGACAAUGAUGACUACGUAUUUGACGACCUUGUAACGGAACCACCGUGUCUGAGAGCGUUUUUCUUAGACCGAUAUCCAGGUUACGAAGAAGAAGAAAUAUCGCAUUUCAUGUUUGGCUUGAAGAUUGAUUGCGAGAACGGACACGAGCUUUUCAAAGGAGAGGUACUUCAGAUCCUAAUGGCUAUGAAAGGCCAACUCAAACUUCGCGAGCUAGAGAAACACGUUGUCUUCCCACUCCUGGUCUUCUCUUUCAUGGGUAGACAGGGACGAAUCAUUGAAGCGUUUCAUGAUAGUUCUUAUCUCAACAUCCACAAGAGUCGUCUGUUUGAAUUUCGGAAUUUUGAAGAGGCCCCGUUCGACUUGUUCGCCCGAUACUUUGCCAACACGCCGAUAGGAGACACUCGACACCUUCCGGUUCCACAGCAAAUCCACACUGAGGCCACUAGUGCUGUUGACUCUACCAUGAAAUUGCAUGACUCCGGUACUGUUCGUCAACAGCGUUUAACCAAACAAGGCGAGAAUACUUUGGAACGCCAACCAAGCUUACGAAACUUUUGGAAGCAAAGGCUAUCAGUCCGCAGCAAAAAGGAUAAUCGGCGAGGUGAUGUGCGUACUACUUUUCCUGACCAAGUGGAGGAAUGA